AUGAAAUCCAUCAAACUAAUUGACAAUUUAUAAGCGUUUAGCAUUGAUUAUAAAAUUACUGUCAGACAUGCCCUCUUUCUCACAUAUGGAAUGUAUUUGACAUAUUAAUACUAUUCCUAAAUGAGAACAUGCGACGAUGAAAUUCGAAAUGUAAAUUCAUAUGUGAUAUCAAAGGAAUUGCUAAAUUAAAAAUCAUAAAUAUAUCAAUAAUAUCAAUAACUUUAUAGUAAAUCUUAUGAAGGAAUACUUGAUUGCACCAUAGACAAAGGGGAUUGGAUAUUCUCCAAUUAAAAUCCAAAAAUUAAUGAAUAUUUUAACCACAAACUCUCUUUGAAUUACAAAUACCAGACCAUCAUGCCUCUUUAUUUAUGUGCAGGCAUUGGUUUUCCAUCCUUGACGAUUUUCUGUUCCUGUCUGCAGAAUAGAGACGAUAGAUUUGUAUACGGACUUGCUGUUACAGCACUAUUAAGCGGCAUCAAACUUAUUGUUAAAGUAUGAGUUUUGAUUUGUUUAUAAAUCAUAUUUAAG